GAGAGAGAGAGAUAGAGGAGUUUAACAAAAUAAAACGCAGAGAGAGAGAGAGAGAGAUUGAUUUGUGAGGCGCACUCUAUAGAAGAGAUGUGAAACGUGUGUCGCGUUAUCGGCUAUUUCGCUCACAUUAAAUUGAGCAAAGGGCCUACUUGGCGUGUUAAGUACACCCGUGAACUGCCGAAAUAAUGUCAGUUACAUUGCAGCUGCACGUAGGCUGAGCCCGUGUGUCGUGCAGCGCUGUUUGUGUCUCAGUCAAUGCAGUGCUGGCGGGGGAGUGCAGCAGAAGCGUCGUGUAGCAUCAUUACGAGAUUCAGAGUUGUGUGAAUAUAUUAUAAAUUAGAAGUACUGAUUAGGAGUCGGAUCAGCGUGCAAGUGUCCGUUCUGCUGAUUCUGCAGAUCUGUGGUGGAAAAAGAAAGCGAUAUUGUUUAUUAAGGACCGUACACUGUAUAUGUGUGAUCGGUCGCCAGGAACUGUUGUUAAUUGUGAAAGCCUCUGGAUAAAAUGCAAAACCGGGAGAGCGGUGUGGCGUGGGGGAAGCUGACCCGGGUAGGCUCUGAGACACAGUCUGAAAUCCUGCUCGUCAGGAAGCACUGCACUAUCGGGAGAAGAAAGGGCUGUGAUCUUUCUUUUCCUGCAAACAAAAUGGUCUCCAGUGACCACUGUAAAAUUGUUCAAGAUGAAAACUCAGGGGAGGUGUGGCUGGAAGACAUGAGCACCAAUGGGACAGUGAUUAAUAAGUCAAAGAUGGUGAAGAAACAGACGUGCCAGCUGCAGAAUGGAGAUGUGAUCUAUGUUGUAUACAGGAAAAAUGAACCAGAACAAAAUGUUGCUUAUAUCUAUCAUUCUAUAACUGCAGAACAGGCGCAUGUGCAAGAACUCAAAGGUGAGCCGUGUAGUAAACCCUUGAUAAGCUCAGGUAUGGAUUGCAGUGUGGAGGAAACGCCGGGCAUCGCCGCCCAGUCCCCCAAAGCCAUUCAGCUGCCUCCCCAUGAGGAGCCACAGCCGUCCACUUCCACGUCUGAGCUCUACAGCACCUCCAGCGCCGCUCGCCCACCCCCUUCCACAUCAGCCUCUGGAAAGACCUCUGCUGCCGACCCGUUCCCUUCUUCACGAGGACCUUGCCGCGCUUCAGACACUGUGGAUUCCUCUGUAGAGCCUCCAGAGACUGAAGCAGCAGCAGCCGCAGCUCAGCCUGACAGCGCUGCCAUACAAGCAGAGGAGGAGGACCUGCAGCCAGACCGGAAGAGAAGAAAGACAGGAUGCAGUGAAGAGGAAAGCUCUCAGAAGGUCACUCCUAAAGAUGCUUUCAUGGAAAAGGAGAAAGCAGGGGAACCAAAAACUGACAAAAUGGAGGAGUCUCUCACCUGUAUCAUCUGCCAAGAUCUGUUGCAUGACUGUGUAAGUCUCCAGCCCUGCAUGCACACGUUCUGCGCUGCCUGCUACUCCGACUGGAUGGAGCGCUCCUCUUUCUGCCCCACCUGCCGCUGCCCUGUGGAGCGCAUCCGCAAAAACCACGUACUGAACAACCUGGUGGAGGCUUACCUGCAGCAGCACCCAGAGAAGUGCCGAAGUGAGGAAGACCUGCAGAGCAUGGACAAGCGGAAUAGAAUUACUCAGGACAUGCUGCAGCCAAAGGUAGAGCGCUGGUUUUCAGAUGAAGAGGGCAGUUCGGACUAUCUGAUGGAGCUUUCCGAUGUGGACAGCGAGUCCUCUGAUAUCAGUCAACCCUUUGUGGUGUGCAGGCAGUGUCCUGGAUUCAGGAAGAACCCCAGUCUGUGCCCAGCUGUCUCUGGACUGGAGGCUGAACAGGGAGAGUUUAAACAAGCAGGGGAAGCACCAUCCACAUCCACUGACACUCCCCCAGUUGCCCAGGAAUAUACCUGUCCUCCUCACGGAAGCCAUGUGAUCUGCACCUGCUGCUUUCAGCCCAUGCCUGACCGUAGAGCAGAGGUGGUUAGCCCGCAGCCUGCUCUUCAGCAGUGUACCGUGUGUCAGCGGCCCUUCUGCCACAUGUACUGGGGGUGCACUCGGGUCGGGUGUCUUGGCUGUCUGGCUCGGUUCUGCGACCUCAACCUCACUGAUAAAUGCUUAGAUGGUGUUCUCAACAACAACAACUAUGAGUCAGAUAUUCUCAAGAAUUACCUGGUGUCCAGAGGUGCGACCUGGAAGGAAAUGCUCAAGGAAAGCCUGGUGUCUGUUCAGCAAGGAGUGUUUUAUUUGUCCGAUUAUCGCAUCACAGGUAAUGCUAUGCUGUGCUACUGCUGUGGACUGCGCAGUUUCAGAGAGCUAGCGUAUCAGUACAGACAGAACAUUCCUGCUGCAGAGCUGCCAGCUCCUGUAACUUCUCGGCCGGACUGUUAUUGGGGACGAAACUGUCGCACUCAAGUUAAAGCGCACCAUGCCAUGAAAUUCAACCACAUCUGUGAGCAGACCCGCUUUAAGAACUGAAGCCCCUUUGCAGUGCUUUCACAUGGGAAGGAUUGUGGGAGCCCUUCCUGCAGGAUGAGUGUUCAGUUUACUGAUGCCUAGUGUUUAAGAGCAGUAGCAAGUCACCACAAACAUACAGCAAGCAGCGGGGCUGGGGGUGAAGGCAAUGUGCAAUGUACUGCUGUGCUCCCUCUGUAAGCUCUGUAAAUAAAUACAAGUAUAGACAGACGCCUGUACAUUUAAAUGGAAUAAUCACUCAAAGUCAGACUGGUGGAUUUAUUUUUUAAACAAAAGGUUUUUGGGGAAUAUUCAAAAUAGCAUGCUAAUUUCAUAGUAACAUUUAACACUGAUAAGAGCCUUUGCUUGGUAGGUUACGUUAGUGUUAGGUCUAUGAGUAUUAUAUACUGUAUAAUGUUCUAGAGUACCUUAAGGAUUCCUAAUGAAGAGUAUUCUCAUCCACAGGCGUUCAAUAGGGUUAGACUUUGAAUACAGCCCGAGUUAACACAAAGAAAGAAAGAGAGGACAUUUGUACACAAGCUGCCCGUCAAUCAAGCAGAUUAAAUGAUUGUCCUGUAACAUGCUUUUCGUACGUUUGAAUUGGCGAGUCAUCCCUUCACGUUUCAUUGUGUCGGUGCUUCCUUCCUCUCCCAGUGCUUCUUCCUACUGAUAGGACACAGCAGUAGAUCACAGCUGUCUGUUCCAAUGGCUGCUAAUGGAAGAAUCAGACCUCCUCAACGGUGGUCUGCAGGUUCCAGCUGUGUGCUGCUGUGUUUGAUUCCAGCUGUGUGAUUCUAGCUGUGUGCUGCUGUGUUUAAUUCCAGCUGUGUGCUGCUGUUUGAUUCCAGCUGUGUGCUGCUGUUUUCGAUUCCAGCUGUGUGAUUCUAGCUAUGUGUUGCUGUGUGCUGCUGUGUUUAAUUCCAGUUGAUUCUAGCUGCGUGCUGCAGUGUUUAAUUCCAGUUGAUUCUAGCUGUGUGCUGCAGUGUUUAAUUCCAGUAGAUUCUAGCUGUGUGCUGCAGUGUUUAAUUCCAGUUGAUUCUAGCUGUGUGCUGCAGUGUUUUGUGGUGACAAGCUACUCCAAAAAAAUGGCCGUGCACAGUGGCCUUUUUUAAUGCAAGUUAAUCAAGUUUUUAUACAUCUUUCACUCAAUAAUAUGUCCACUUAAGUAGACAAUGCUGUAUCCUCCUUUUCAAAUGAAUGGUUGCCAAUGCCCAGGUCAAAAUAAAUAGGUGUUUGACUUCUGGGCUCGCAUUGAAUUGCUAAAAUGUGCAUUUUGUUAACCUCUGUCUCAUUUGGUCCUAACUGGCUGAUGUACUCACAGCGUGCCUGUCUAUCUGGUUCUAGUUGUGUGCUUCAGUGUAGUGUGGGUGAUGCUUGCUGGAAGAGAUGCAGUCACUUUAACGAGAAAGCCUUAUAAGCGUUCUACUGUGUAUUGUACGGUUUUAGAAGUCGCAGUGAUAAAGCAUUAGUUAGGACUCAUUGGAAAAUGACUUGCAGUUUGUUUUAUUUACUGGUUGGGUAGUAAUGUGUAAAGCUGAACACAGGCACCUCUUUGGGGUGUGGUUUGCUGCUCUCUAUGUUUCAAAAGAACAGCAGACUUUACCUAGUCUAUCCAGAACAGGAUUCUUGCCAUAGAAGUGUUAGUUUGCAUUGUCCAAGGUUGGUGUAUUAUGUUCAUCAUUGCAAUGCAGUUACUGGGACAUUCUAAUUCCUGGAUACGUUUCUAACUAAUGAAAGUUUAACACUUGCCUAUCAAUUUACCUAUGGUUAAUGGGUCCAGACCCAGCCUAAAAAAGGCACGUUUGUUUGGUAGAGUUCUUAGGUACGGUGCAGAUUUAACAAAACAGCAGUUUGUUCUUCUGGAGUCUUAACUGCAAACAGAUGGUAAUCCCAUCACGGCACUGUUUCUUUUUAAAUGUAAAAUACUCUGAUCAGUGUUAGCAGCCCAGCUUUGUGUAUAUAAUGACAGAUACCUGUGCUGCACACAGUUUAGCUGGAGUUGUGUGUCUUGAUUCAGCCAGGCGCUGUCACAUUGCAGCAUUCCAACACCAAGCAUGCUUGGACCUGAACUCCAGCUAGCACCUCUGUGGAGCUGCUGGAUUCCUGUCGUUUUGAACAAGAGACUGCCAGCAUUUGAAUUUGGGAUCAGGAAUAGAAGACUGCCAGCAUUUGAAUUUGGGAUCAUGAAUAGGAGUCCUGUCUCCAUUGGAGGGGCCAGUGUGUUCUCAGGCAAGUUUUCUGGUGUUAUAGUACUGCACUCUGCUCAAGAGAAUAACACAAAACCCUACCUCCUCCAGGCUUGCAAGACAAUUACAAAAUACGCAUUGUAUUCAAGUCAACUUUCUGGCGUAAUAGCAGUACGAUAAACACCGUUAUUCUGAGAAACGUAAAAACCAAAUCGCUAGCGAUGCUUCUUCUCCUUGUGUAUUGGUGCAGUUUAGAAAAUCACUUACUGGUGAAAAGAGCAAUGUACUGUACUGAAAAAAAAUUAACACAUUUGAAAUGCUUUUUGGGUCACACUAAUAAAAUACUAUCAACAA